AUCAAUUUAGACGGCGAAAGGUCCCAAAAAGUCUCUCCAACCAGAGUUGUUCUACAAAAGGAAUUAAAUCUCCUCCCAUCUUCAUUUUGCUUUUCUCAGCCAAAUUCCGAAAUUUCCCUAACAUCUAAUUCUGAUUUGGUCGCAGAACGACGUUUUCGUGGAUAGUUUUGUUUCUACGACAUGGCAGCUGUACCCGAUCAAGCCACUAGUAUAUGCACUCACUGUGAUCGGGCUAUCCCUGCUGCAAAUAUUUAUUUGCAUUAUGCUCAUUGCUCACGGAACCUUGAAAAAUGCAAAGUAUGUGGUGACAUGGUUCCAAAACAACAUGCUGAGGAUCACUAUUUAAGCACCCAUGCCCCGGUUGCCUGUUCAUUGUGCAGUGAAACAAUGGAGCGUGAUAUUUUAGAUAUCCAUAAAGGUGAAAAUUGCCCUCAAAGAAUUGUCACCUGUGAGUUCUGUGAGUUCCCAUUACCAGCAAUUGAUCUGGCUGAGCAUCAGGAAGUAUGUGGGAAUCGAACAGAACUUUGUCACCUUUGUAACAAGUAUGUUAGAUUACGUGAAAGAUACAACCAUGAAGACAGAUGCAAUAGAAUCCAAGACAAUGCUAUGGGGUCUUCAAGGGACGUCAGACCAGCUGAAAGAGAUGACGGUGCUCGAAGAAGGCAGCCGAAUGAAUUCUCAAGAAAACGUCUUCUUUUCACAAUAGCAAUCACUGGUAUAGCUGUUAUACUCGGAUCUAUUUUUUUCCAGAGAAAGGCAGAGCCCAGUGAUGUGCAUUAGUUGGAGAGGCUACUUGAUGGUGUAAAUCCGCUUUAUAUGUAUAAUUCAUUCGCAGGCUGCAGAAGUCGUAUGAGAUAUACUUUGCUACUGCAUUAACUAAAACACAUCGGCAUUGUCGCUGUCACUAUAUGUUGGGUAGUUAUGUACUUUCUUAAAAAAUAUUGUAGUUCUGUGUUUGACGGAGAUAACUACCAAGUACCAAGGAUAAAUCUGAGCCAUUUUUCAUAAAGAUUGCUAUUCCUUGUUGAUCUUCCUAGUAUUAUCUAGUCGAAGAAGGAACUGCAUCUCUUUACA